AAAGAAUAUAUGGUUAUCUUUUAUCCAACUUGGGGGUCCCAACUAAAUUAUCAGACAUCAAUGGAAGUCAAAGCAUAUCUGACAAGAGGGCGGAGGGGAUGAAUAUGCCCGUCAAUCACAUAGCUAUGUGCAGGCGCUCAAUGAUGUUUCAAACUCAGUUUGCCUUGGAAGUCAACAAGCUAAGUCUAGGCCUAAGGUUGCAGUUUGAAUGUGUUGGAAUCUAAAGUGUUUCACUAUAUACCUGCUUACACAUACUUGUUUCUAAGGACUACGGAUGACGUGAGAAAUGCAGAAAGUUAUUCAAUGAAUAUAGAACCUAACAAGUUGGUCUAGAUGCAAGCUAGAAUGAUGAGCCGUGGAUACAGGUAUAACAAAAGUGGCAACAAAUGGACAUUGAAUAUACCUUUUGGCAAAUGCUUCACUUAUGUACAGCGCCAAAAGUUGUAUACCAACACACAAAAUAUCACAAACAAACAAAGAACCAAUGGGCACGUGAUGAUCCUGCAUUUGUCGUCGUGUGUAGUCUUCUUUUGUCGUUAUCUACGGUUGCUUAUUGUGCUACGUAUGAUCAUAGCGCUGGACAUGCUGCUUUUGUUGUUAUUUCAGUAUUGCUUUUCCACUUCCUGGUUCUUCACUAACAAUUAUCUUCGAGAGGAAGCGCCAAACAGUCAUGUGGUAGAGCAACGGGUGGAAUGGUUGUAUGCCUUUGAUGUUCACUGCAACUCUUUCUUCCCUAUGUUCCUGUUGCUUUAUGUUGUUCAUUAUUUUAUAUCACCACUUUUGGUUGCUCAUGGUUUUAUACCCGUGUUACUGUCAAAUUUGCUCUUCAUGGCAGCCAUUUCCUAUUAUCAUUACCUAAAUUUUUUAGGUUAUGCAGUAUUACCCUUCUUGGACAGAACUGACUUUUUCUUGUACCCAAUUGGGGUAUUCAUUGUCCUUUCCCCUAUCUUAAUCUUGUGUGGCUUCAAUCCGUCGAGGUAUUUCAUGAACAUGUACUUUAGUCGACUGGUAUAGAUGCUACUAACACCUCGUACAGAACAUGAAACCCAAGGAGAUCCUUCCUAAAUGAGGCCAGUUGAUGCAUUUUUUUUACUUGCUCUUUCUCUCUCUCUUAACAUGGAUGGGAGGAGAUUAGAUGAUUGGGGGAAACAUUGAGUUUGUAUAUUUAGGCAUUUACAUAGUAAGUGAUAUUGCAAAUAGAGGGAGGCUCUUCUUGAGUGGCUUUCUGCAAAGUAUAUUAGUGAAGAUUUAAUUGCAAUGAUUUUUGCCUACUGAGCCUUUCAUACACUAUAUAUAACAAUACAAUGUAAUGGGGUGGAAGAAAAGGGUUUACUCUGAUCUGCUUCA